AUGACCGACGUCGAUGCCUUCCGCGAUGCAGAGUUCAUCGCCGAUACGUCUGGUAUAUCCUUCAACGAUGACGCAGAGAGCGUUUCAGGUGUCGGGGCUGGCCCGCGGAGCGCCCAGGACCGCAUCCGCGUGAGGAAACUCCAGUCAAAAGCGAAGAUAGCUUCACUCGACAGAUUACUUCGAGAUCUUGAUAUCCUCGUGUAUUGUCAACUAUCUGCUCUGUACUAUAUGGACUGCUCUGUUAUCCUCUUCGCCAUCCGCGCCGUAGUUGAACUAAUAUUCUUUUCGCCGAAAGUCUCCCCAUUCGAACCAACUCGCAAUCAGCCUUUUAUUGGAGCCAUUCUCGCCAGUAACCUCAUUUGCAUGAUCUUUCACGCCUUUCUCAUUCGCCCAGAAGCUGGAGAAGCCACGCGCGGAUAUCUACACGGCGGUCUAUUCAUCGAUUUCAUCGGACAAACUCCCGUCCCUAUCUUCCGACUUCUCUCAUUCGACAUCUUAAUCUUGCUUGUCGAUUUCGUCAUGCUAGGCCUGAUUAUUGAGCGCGUGAAAACAGCUGCGAUAAUUAGCCCACCAUCUACUACUGCUGCUUCUACAACGAAUAACGACACCAUGAACACCUCAGAUCGAAACACAGAGGGACAAGCACUAGGGCAAGAACAAGACCAAGACCACGAUGCAGAGGAACGGGGUGUUGUGCGAGGAAGCGAACAGACAGAAGAUACCGCUACAACACCCACACUCUCAAUAGAAGAUGACGACAUCAACGAUGAACGAAAUACCCUUCUCGCUGAUCCGGGCGAAUACACCUCAGGCCGAGAUAACCACCCCCUCGACUUAUUCGCAUCGGGCCAGGCUGUGAUUAUGCAUAUGGGGCUAUUCAGUACAAUAAGGGGUCAAUGGGUGCACUCUAGUAUUCCACAUCGUCCAGCUGGUUACUCGCCGUCACCGGAGACAGCGAUGUUUCUUCGGCAGCGGUUCGGAUUGCAGGUUGGCACCGAUGGACGAAUUGUACGGGUGGGUCGGUAG